CUGUGUGAGAUUAGCUGCUUCUGUGCUACGUGAGCAGGUCUAUCACUGUGUGGGAGGAUUUCCCUGCUGAGGUUCCAGCCUUGCACAGGCCUCCUCCUCCCUCACCUGCUGACAAUAUCUGAAUCAGAAUCUCGUACUCCCCACAGAUUGCACUGCCUGGUAAAUGUUUAGCAAGACUCCAUCCUCUGGCAACGCCUUGUGUGUGUAGUUCAGGAGGCAGAGUGCAGGAGCCAGGGCUGAGCUCAGUCCAUGCAGGGCUCUGAGAAGUUUGUCAAACAGGCCCCAAGUUCUCCAAACUUUCCCAGCCCACUGCAUGCUGCUGACUCCAGGCCCGGUGGGAGCUGUGGCCACCGUGACUUCCUGUCCCUGACCAUCAUGCUGGGUCUUGCUGCAGUGCACAAUGCUGAUGUGAACUGACUGGAUGACCUCUCUAUGGAUGUGUGUUUCUUAGUACUUGCAACACCUUCAAAGCUAUGAGUCGUGGCCGAAUGAGCUGAACAUGGCUACAGAAGACCCCUGCGCACAUUUGAUUGACCACUCUCACGUACAAGACUUUGAGGUCCGUCUGAUAGUGAAAAUCUCCCUGACGGUGGUCUAUGGAAUUAUCCUGCUUGCUGGGAUCCUGGGGAACAGUGUGACCAUCCAGACCACCAAGGUUCUGAGAGACAAGGGCUACCUACAGAAGGGGGUGACGGACCAUAUGAUCAGCCUGGCUUGCUCCGACUUGCUGCUCAUAUUGUUGGGGAUGCCGGUGGAGCUGUAUUCCGUCAUCUGGUUUCCAUUCUCCUCCACCUACGGCAAUGUCACCUGUAAGCUCUACAGCUUUUUGUUUGAGGCCUGCAGCUACGCCACCAUAAUCCACGUGGCCACGCUUAGUUUUGAGAGGUACAUGGCUAUCUGCCACCCCUUCCGGUUCAAGCUGAUUUCAGGCACGCGGACCGUGAAGCUGAUGAUCUGCUUCGCGUGGCUCACCUCCGUCUGCGUGGCAUUGCCCUUGAUUUUUGCCAUGGGAGCAGAACAUCCCCUGACUCCCAUGCCAAAAAGGCGCUUGCACUGCAACAUUUCCACAUCCUACCGUCUGACCGCUAACGUCACCCUGUGCACCAACCUUAAUUCCAAAUGGACCGCCUUCCAGGCCAGCAUCUUCAGCGCUUUCGUGGUCUACAUAGUGGUCCUGGUCUCUGUGGCUUUCAUGUGUCGGAAGAUGAUGGUGACUCUGAUGGCGGGAAAGAAAGGGACAAUCACGGUGAGGGGUCAGCAUGCAGCCAGCGUGUCGGAUCAGAUGACCAAGAGCAACAGCUCAGAAGCCAGAUCUGCUCGGAAACAGACUAUUGUAUUCUUGGGGCUCAUCGUCCUGACCCUCCUGGUUUGCUGGAUGCCCAACCAGGUCCUGCGCAUCAUGGCUGCCAGCACGCCAAAGCAGGAAUGGUCUGUCCGGUACUUCCGUAUCUACAUGACGCUGCUCCCAGUAGCCGACACCUUCUUCUACCUGAGCUCCGUGGUCAACCCGCUCUUGUACAAUAUAUCUUCCAAGCAAUUCCGAGACGUCUUCCUGCAAGUCCUUCGAUGUCGCUUGACGCUGGAACACGUCAACAAAGACAAGCUUCGGCGAGCUCAUCUCCACUCUGCUGCCAGCAGUACCAACUACAAACGUCCUCUGAUGUCCUCAAGGAGACAUCAUUCAUCUAGAAGCACUAACGACACUUCAUUAAGCACUUUUAAAACUGACCCAGAACACAGGAGCAAUGCUCCGGAAUCUCUGAGAUCUCACAGUGAAGUAAUAAUGCAGACGUCUGACGCAUCGAGACGCAACGGUGUUUGUGAAAGUGAAAUCUGAGCUGGUUCCUUUUCUGGCACUAGUAGUGCCUCUUUUUCAGGCCCUAUGAGCACGCUUCUCCAGUUACACCAAAGCCUCUACUUGUGCUUUUGUAAAUCUCACACCUUAUUUAUAGUGCCAACAUAUUGCGUCGCACAGUACAUGGUAUGAAACGUACAUCACAGACCGGAACACACGUUAAGGGGAACGUGCAGAGAAAGGCAAGACACUGGCUACAAAUAAGUGGUGGCUUCAGGUUUAUGAAACUGCUGCACUGACCCGUCUGCAAACGAAGGACUGAAUUCACCAAAGUGACCAGAUGGACAUCUAAAGUCAUCUUUUUAAAAACAUCAUCUUUAAUAUCCAGAUUGAUUUUGACUAUGGGGGUUAUUCAGGUCUGUUAGCAAACCAAAAAAAGCAUAAUAAUCGGCAAAACCAUGUGCACUGCAGGUGGGGCAGAUGUAACAUGAGCAGAGAGAGUUAGAUUUGGCUGGGUUAUAUUGUAUCUGUGCAGGGUAAAUACUGGCUGCUUAAUUUCUACACUACAAUUUAGAUUUCAGUUUGAACACACCGCACCCAAAUCUAACUCUCUCUACAUAUGUUACAUCUGCCCCACCUGCACUGCACAUGGUUUUGCCCAUCAGUGUGCCUUCUUGGUUUGCUAACAAACCUAACUAACCACCAGUGACGUUAACUAGAUGUGUUUUUCAAAAUGUUUAUGCUAUAAUUAAUUCUACAAACUUACUUUUAUCUCUACGUGUAAGUAGUCUGCAAGAACAUCUUCAAGAUACAGAAUACUAAUGGGAAAAUGUUUAUUAAAUAUGCAUUCUUGGACUGGGAAAAACCAGUAGCUAGGCAGCGCCUAGGGGCUAGAUUUUCCGAAGCCGUAGCUUCUCCAAGCCGCUGCUCCUUGGCGGCUACAGCUCUUAAUGAACCCAGACUGCUUAAAAUCAUCAAAAUGUAAACCGUGUGUUCUGAAUAGUCUGAGGCUCUUAGUUUAAAUCAGGUGAAGACUGGAGAGUAGACGUGUUGGACAGGUCAGGGGGCAUCUAACCAACGGGUGAUCCUAACGAUCAUAGAAAGUCAAUUUAAUGACAUUGAUGGUCAGUUCUUAGUGUAUAUCUAAUAAUUGUUUCAACAUUAUGCCCCAGAUUUAUCAAGCCUUGGAGAGUGAUAAAUUACCAACCAACCAACUCCUAACUGUCACGUUACAGGCUGUGUUUGAAAAAUGACAGUUAGGAGCUGAUUGGUUGGCACUCUCCAAGGCUUGAUAAAUCUGGGCCGGUGUGUCAAGUCACUUCUAGAAUUUUCUAGCUAGAUGCAAUGAACGCUCUAUUUUAUGCUCCCUGAAUUCCCAUAAUUAAUACCUUUUGGCAUGGUCCAUUCCAGCCCUAUUGUAUUUCAAUAGGAGAAUUUUGCUGGAUUCACAAUUCCUUCUCCUGCCCUUCAGCCAGACACAGUAUUUCCACCAUCACGGCACCUGUACAGGAGUCUCUGUAUUAAAGGCAGUGUUCUGUACAUACAUUCACGUGAAUAUUACCAAAUAAUCUGUAUACAGGUUACAGGCAGCACUCAGGUAAGAGGGUAUAUUGCUGUAUAAAUGGGGUGUACAUGUCCACAAUAUGUGCUGUAUACCUAAUAAAGCAGUGUAUUUUGUGUUACAAA